CCCAAAUAGUCUCAGCAACCCAUUUCUUAUCUUUCUGUGUUAUCCUCAACAAUGGUAGAGAAAAUGUCUCUGCUGCUGUUCUCUUUUCUUCUACUCAGUACAGGCAAUGGGGUUUACAGCUUUGGAGAGAAGAAACUCCUCUCAUUGAACACAUUUCACAGGAAGCAACAAAAUGGUGUUCCUAGUUGUUUCCCUGGAAAAUCAAGGAGAGGAAAUGGUGCAACUAUAUUGGAAAUGAGGCACAGGGACUACUGCUCUGGACCGAUAACUGACUGGAACGAAAGGCUUCAGGAACGCCUAAUCUCCGAUGAAAUUCGGGUUUGUUCCCUCCAAUCCCAAUUCAAAAACAUGGUCUCUGGCCAAAUUCAAGACCUCUCACAUACUCAAAUCCCACUCACUUCUGGUAUCAGACUUCAGACUCUAAACUACAUUGUCACAGUAGAAUUGGGUGGUCAAAACAUGACAGUAAUUGUUGACACAGGAAGUGAUCUUACAUGGGUCCAAUGCCAACCCUGCAAAUUAUGUUACAAUCAACCAGAGCCUCUCUUCAACCCCUUGAUCUCACCUUCAUACCAAUCAGUACAAUGCAAUUCAUCAGUUUGCCAUUCUCUCCUAUUCGCCACCGGGAACUUGGGAAUUUGUGGGACUAAUCCACCAACCUGCAACUAUUUUGUUAGCUAUGGCGAUGGAUCUUAUACUCGUGGCGAUUUAGGAAGUGCAAAUCUGAGUCUAGGAACCACAACUGUGACCAAUUUUGUUUUAGGGUGUGGUAGGGACAAUAAAGGUCUAUUCGGGGGAGCCUCGGGGCUUAUGGGACUUGGCAUGAGUAGUGAUCUCUCAUUAGUUUCCCAAACUUCUGAAAUUUUCGGGGGCGUUUUCUCCUACUGUUUGCCUUCAACAGAAGAUGAGGCUCCUGGUUCACUAAUUCUAGGUGGUGACUCUUCAGUAUACAAGAAUUCAACACCUAUUUCUUAUACCAGAAUGGUUCCAAAUCCUCAGCUCUCAACCUUUUACUUUCUCAACCUCACUGGAACCACCAUUGGUGGGGUGAAUUUACAGAACCCAAGUUUUGGAAAAGCUGAAAUUAUUAUUGAUUCAGGAACUGUGAUCACAAGGCUUCCUCCCUCAAUUUACAAGGCUGUAAAAUCCGAAUUUCUGAAACAACUUUCAGGGUAUCCCACAGCACCAAGUUUUUCAAUCUUGGACACUUGCUUUAAUCUUUCUAGAUAUGAAGAGGUGGAGAUUCCAACAAUAACAAUGCAUUUUGAGGGUGAUGCUGAGCUGAAUGUGGAUGUACAGGGGAUCUUUUACUCAGCAAAAGCCGACGCCUCUCAGGUCUGUUUAGCUCUUGCAAGCCUCUCAUAUGAAGAUGAGAUUGGGAUUAUUGGAAAUUAUCAACAAAGGAACACAAGGGUUAUAUAUGAUACUAAGGGGUCAAAGCUGGGAUUUGCCAAAGAAACAUGCAAUUUUAUGUAAAAGCAGAAAGUAGGGGGUGUAUUGGUGUGAAUAUAUAUUUUCUUGAAAGCAAAGCCAAGUGACCUGUUGGCAAUGAGAUCUUCUUAAAUAGAAGUUUUCUCAGUUUAAUUAUUUGUAGUUGUGGUUGUGUAGUGGGGGGAUGUUAUAAAACAUAUCAAUGCAAUUUAAUUUUCAAGAGUGAGUAAUUGUAAAAAUGCUAACUUUAUGGUGCAUAGAUUUUGAUUUGUUGCUAAUUUGCUGUGUUGGAAAUGGGAAAAAUUACUGCAAACCAAGGCCCAUUUUGG